AUGAAGAAGGUCAAGAAGAAAAGGUCAGAGGCCAGACGCCACCGAGACUCUACCUCCCAGCAUGCUAGCUCCAAUUCCACCUCUCAGCAGCCUACCCCUGAAUCCACGCCACAGCAGCCUAGUCCUGAAUCCACGCCACAGCAGCCUAGCCCUGAAUCCACGCCACAGCAGCUUAGCCUUGAAUCCACACCACAGCAGUCCAGCCUUGAAACCACCUCCCGGCAGCCAGCAUCCCAAACUCUUCCAGCACCCGAAAUCCGCCGCUCCUCUCACUGCCUAUUAUCUCCAGAUGCUAACGUGAAGGCAGCCCCUCAAUCCAGGAAAGCAGGGCCUCUGACUCGCGCCGGCCCGCAUUCCUGUUCCUGUGCCACUUGCCCCUGCAGCUCUGCUUGCUGGCGUCGUCUGGGGCUGUGCCAUAGCCGCAUCUUCGAUGUCCUUCUGCCUCGGGACUGGCAGAUGGCACCAGGGAGAGGACUCCCCAACCUGCUCACCUUCUACAGAAAACCUUCAAGAAAACCCUCCAGUCAUCGUAACGCGUGUCCUCCAAGCCCUCGGAACUGUGGCUGUGGCUCUGGGGGCUCUAGGAGCUGCCUACUACAUCAUUGA